UAUGUCUUUCCUACCAAUAAAUUUUACACUAUUUUAGAGUCUUAUAUUGCCCCCAUAUUCGAUAUUAUUCCGCAUACUUGCACUAAUUUCAUUAACGCUUGAUAGUAAAAUUUGUGUAUUGAAUAGCCGAGGAAAAGAAUGGAAUAACUGUUGGAAUAAAUGCCAUUCUAUUUUAAGGACAGUUUCCAUUUGGCGACAGUGUUUAGCUGAUAAACUUGUAAUUUUAAGAACUUGCUAUAUUCACAUGAUUUUAUGGAAUAUGUCACCAAGUUUUCAGUUCGAUAUGACAUGAUAAGUCGUCGUGUUAUUGAUUGAAGAUGAAUGUCUUAGGACACAUACAACAUAUUGAAGUAUUUUUCAAACAGAAAAUAAAUGAUCAAUACAUAUUAUUGAGUUGUUGGUAAUCACAUAAAAAAAUACGUUUCUUCCUUUCUUGUUUGUGUUUUACAAGUUUCUUCUAGUUUCAACUGGAUAUUUUACACUUUAACAGUUUAAGGUCAAUAUUGUACUUAUUUUCCAAGAUGAGAACAGCCCAUAAAUGUAGGAGAGAGUAUGGAGUGCAUUGUUUUAUUAAUCUGUAGGUUUGUUUGCCUGAAAAAGAACGGGUGACUAACCUUUCUUAGCAGACUUGUCAGUGUAAGCUUAAAGAAUGAGCAAGCAUUCUUCAGCCACUCCACCAUCGUUAAAUGGAGAUGUUGUUCAUAAAGACAAAAAGGAGGAGAUGGCUGAUUCACCAAAAUUACAACAGAGAGGCCACAAGUCUAAAGGGAAGCGAACAUCAGUAGAAAUGGGUCAGAGGUCAAGUCAUCGACAAAACACGACUCACAGACCUGAAAGAUCAUCACAUUCACCGGAAAGUAGUGUUAUUAGAACUAAUAUAGCUAAUUCUAGGUUUAAGAUUUCAAAAGUUGUUAGUGGACGUGAUAGGCGUAGCAUAUCAGAAAAUACACCCCUCAAGGUACAUGUAGAUGGAAAGGACAAGUUAUCAGGAAAGAAAAAUUCACACUGUUUACCUAGUCGAAUUCCAGUUGGUUCUGGAGGUUCUGAUAAGAAUGAACGUGCAAUAGAGAUUAGUAAGCGGAUAAGGUCUUACAGUCUUCCAGCUGAAACUUUGGAGGAGGAUUCAGAUCAAGCAGAGACUAGAAAGUUGGAUAAUAAUCUAGAAGAAAUGAAAAAAGAUGGUCAGUCUUGGACAGCACUGCCUUUAAAGGAAUCAGAUGGGACUGAACCAGUUGUGAAUCAGCUUUCAGUAAAUCCUAAUCAGAUUGAGAAUAGUGUUUCCAGUGAUCAAAAACCAGAAAAAUGUGAUAAAAUAAAUACUGAUUCAAGUAAAGAAAGAUCAGACAUUAAAGCCAAAAAUAAAUUGAAAAAGUCUGUUACCAUUGAUGACACGACCACUGUAGUUGAAAUUAGAGACAGUGAUUCAGCUAUUAUUGGUUCAGUGUCUGAAAUUAAGUUGAUCAAAUCAGAUAAUGACCCUAGUUCUGAAAUAGAAAAUAAAGAUUGUAGUACUACUAAAACAGAUUCUGGUAUUGGAUCCCAAACUUUAGAAGUUGAAAAUAAAAAGGAAGUCCCUGAUCAUGCGGAUAAUUUUGUGAAAACUGGUCCCCCUAAAGAAGAGAAGAAAAAGGAGGAAAAAUCAUCAGUUGAAAAGAAAGAUGGUGAAAGUAGUGAAAAGAAAGAAAAUGAGGAUGAUAAAAAAGAUGCUAAUGCUGAAAAGAAAGAUGAAGUAGAGGAGAAGGCAGUGGCCCAAUCAGAAAAUGGAAGAUUCUUCAAAUUUGAUAUUGAAAUAGGAAGAGGAUCUUUUAAAACAGUGUACAAAGGUCUGGAUACAGACACAGGUGUAGCUGUUGCUUGGUGUGAGCUGCAGGACAAGAAAUGGAAUAAAAGUGAGAGGCAGCGAUUUCGUGAGGAAGCAGAGAUGUUGAAAGAGUUGCAGCACCCUAACAUUGUCAGAUUUUAUGACUCUUUUGAACAAGUAAAUGCCAGAGGACGCAAAGUAAUCAUCCUAGUUACUGAACUCAUGACAUCUGGAACUUUAAAAACAUAUAUCAAGAGGUUCAAGAAGAUAAACAUGAAAGUUUUGAAGAACUGGUGUCGCCAGAUACUGAAAGGCCUGUUGUACCUUCAUACACGAACUCCUUCAGUGAUACAUCGAGACUUGAAGUGUGACAACAUUUUCAUCACAGGCACAACAGGCUCUGUUAAGAUUGGUGACCUGGGCUUGGCAACGUUGAAGAACAAAUCAUUUGCCAAGAGUGUUAUUGGUACUCCGGAGUUCAUGGCCCCUGAAAUGUAUGAGGAGCACUACGAUGAGUCUGUGGAUGUGUAUGCUUUCGGCAUGUGCAUGUUGGAAAUGGCCACUUCUGAGUAUCCAUACAAGGAAUGUACAAACGCUGCUCAGAUUUACAAAAAAGUCACUAGUGGUGUUUUACCAGAAGCGUUUGCAAAGGUAGAUAAUCCAGAAAUCAAGGAGAUAAUAGAAGGUUGUAUUAGAAACAAAAAAGGACAAAGGUAUGUAGUAAAAGAGUUGCUGCAGAAUGAUUUCUUCCUGGAGGAUACAGGUUUGAAGGUAGAACUUGUGGGCACUGAGGGAGACGAACAGUCAAACACAAUACAGCUAAGACUGCGAGUAGUUGAUCCAAAGAAAAGAAAAGACAAACACAAGGAGAAUGAAGCAAUUCAGUUUGACUUUGAUAUGGAUAAUGAUGCUCCAGAAAAUGUUGCUCAAGAAAUGGUUAAGUCUGGUUUCCUACAAGAAGAAGAUGUGCGGAUUGUUAACAAACAGAUAAAAGACAGAAUUACACAGGUGAAGAGAGAGCGAGAACGUAAAGCAGCUGAGAGCCAAACAAAGCAGACAGAAGGCGAGGGUAUGACAGCAAGUUCCAGUGUGAGUGACUCGUCACAAACUGCCGCAACCUGUAACCAGCCAGGAGGUCAACAGGAACAAUCUAGAGAUGCUACACAAUCCAGUUCUACAAGUCUACAACAGCAACAACAACAGAUGGGAGCUAGUCAGCAGUCACAAUCUUCCCAGCAGUCAUAUACAGGAAAACAACAGUCUCAACAGAUAUACAGUCAACAUCAGUCAGCUGGUACACAACAACAACAGACUGGCCAGAUGUUUAAUCAGCAUCAGUCUGGUGGUCCACAACAGCAGCCUGUACAGAUGUACAGUCAGCAUCAGUCAGCAGGCCAGCAACAACAACAGCAGCAACAACAGGCUGCUCAGAUGUAUGGUCAACAACAACAGUCGACCAGUUCUCAACCACAGAUGGUAUACCAACAGCAGGCAGGCAAUUACCAGCAGUUCAAACAACCAGUUUACCCAACUCAACAAGGCUCUCAACAACAGCAGCAAUCAUUCCAGAUUGGCCAGCAGCAGGGAGGGUAUACAGGUCAACAGCAAGCAGGAUUCCAGCAGAACUACCCUCAAGGUUCACAAGGUCAGUCCCAAGCACAAGGUGGUCAGAGUUACCAGGGCGGCCAAGGACAACAAGCAGGCUUUACAGCACAACAAUCACAGUCAUCAGUCAUAAAAGAUAAACAAGAGGAGCAGCAGAAGCAUCAGAUUCUAUCUGAUGAUCAAAAAACUGAGCUGCCAGAUACGGGGUCAGGUCAGCAGACUACAAAACAACCUGAACAGAUUGGGGCUGGGUCGGCAGCAGGAAGCAAUGUAGCAACACCAGAGCCUCUUCAACAAGCACAGGCACAGUCUGACAUUAAAGCAUCCCCAAGCAAAUCUAAAAAAAUGUCUAGAAGCACCUCGGCACAAAGCAGGUUACACCAGAAGGCUGCUGGUUUGGGGCACCUCGAUAUAGCAUCAGCCCAACAGUUACAGCCUGGUGCAGCACUAAGUGCUCCACCGAUGGGAAAUGAAGGGACGAUGGUCAGCAGUCAGUCGUUGACGUACCUUGAUGAUUCUCAGGCUAAUAGGGAAAGUGAAAGUGAAAGCACAAUUGGUCGUGGAGAAGAUGUGAAGAGGAGAAAAACACGAACAAAGCGUCGGAAGACAGUAGACAGAUCACCAUGCUUGACGGUUCUCAGCUUUGAGGAUGAUGAAGUGGAAUGCCUUCUUGAACUUCCCAACAGAAAUGCAGUCACUUUCAAGUUUGAUCUUGAAGGAGACAAACCUGAUGAAAUUGCUGAAAGUCUAGUUGAACAUGACCUUUUGCACACAGUACAAUCACGGCCAGUAGUGAAAUUGCUGGAGAAGGCUAUAUCCCUGGUGAAGGAGGAUCCCGCAUCAGCUAUGGCAGUUACAUUAUCUAUGAUGGAAACACCUACAUCAAGUCCUACUUCGCAUAGAAAAGCAAUGGGCACACUUCUUGAGGGAGGAAAAGAUGCACCAAAGAAGUUGCAGUAUGAUAGUGAUACAUCAGAGAAAGUGCAGUCAGGAGGGGAAGAAGCAGAACCAAAAAUUGCAAUAAAAACUAGACACUCCAGUGGUGAAAAUAACCAGGAGCCUGCCAGAGUUGUUGAGAGCAAGAGACGUAGUUUCAUUGUUAGUCGUGUGGUAGAACACAGUGUGAUAGCUGACAAGAUACAGGAGGAUGAGACAGAAAGUGUUCAUUUGGAGUCUGUUCUAUCCCCAGAAAACACACGGAGUACGGCAACAUCAGGAUGUAACACAUUAAUACAUGCACAGUCUCAGCAGUCAGAUAUUGAUGUUGCUGGUGUUUCAGAUUCUGAUAGAUCCUUGAAGUCAAUAGGAAAGGCCAAAGUUCCUGUAAAUAUUAAUGACUUAAGUGACAAGUUAGAAAAAUUGACAGGUGGAACUAUUAGUGGAAAAAUUGGUGGGCUAGAACUAUCAGCUUUAGGGACAAAUGUUCAGCAGUUACCACAUUCUGCAGACAGUCAUAGCCCUGCUCCAUCAGAAGAGAGCUUACCUUUACAACACCAGACAAAUGUUGAGGUGCCCCCACAAGACCAGACAAUAGGACAGAAACAAACACAACAGUCACAGACUAUAGACAAGGCUCCUGCACCAGCUCAGCUGCAACAGCAGACAUCGGCUGCUGCUAGCCCACAGCAGACACAACAAGGAGUGAGCCAGCCUCAGCAGCUUCCUCCACAGUCUUCCCAACCAGUUCAGCAGCAGCAGCAGUCAGCACCCCUGCUGCCACAAAUUCACCAGCAAGGACAGCUACAACAAGUGCAUCCAUCAGUCCAGCAAAACCAGCUACUACAAGGUCAACCAUCAAGCCAGCAAGGACAGAUUCCACAAGGGCAUCCUUCAGUCCAGCAAGGUCAGCUACCACAAGGCCAACCAUCAAGCCAGCAAGGUCAGCUGCCACAAGGGCAUCCAUCAAGCCAGCAAGGUCAGCUACCACAAGGGCAUCCACCAAGCCAGCAAAGUCAGCUACCACAAGCCCAUCCAUCAAGCCAGCAAGGUCAGCUACCACAAGCUCAUCCAUCAAGUCAGCAAGGCCAGCUACCACAAGGGCACACAUCAAGCCAGCAAGGCCAGCAGAUGCCAAAUAUACCACAUCCUGUACAACAGCAGCCCCAGACCCAGCAACAAGGACAUGCAAUCCCAGUGCAUACCCAGGGAUCACAAGAUAUCCCAAAUCCUACAAUAGCUGCUGGUGCCUAUCAACCAGGAAUGUCAUAUGUUCCAGUUAUGCAACCGUUUGGAUUCCAACAUCAGCAUGGACAAGGCUCGGUUCAGAUGUACCCAGAUCCUAUGCACUAUAUGAAUCUGCAGUUUAGUAAUUACCAAAACCAGAUGGUUCCAUAUGUUAUGGUUAAUGUACAACAACAACAUCAGAUUGCACCAAUGCUUGUACCAGCUAAUAUGAUAAUGCAAAACCAGAUGCAGUACAUUAAUCCCCAGUCUAGCAUUCACCUACAGCAUACACAACAGGAAAGUCAUGGUGGAGAAUCACAGGCAACUACUCCACCAGGUACCCCACCGCAGUCACGUAAACAACAUAGUAUAGAUACACAGAGUGAGCCAGGGGCUCCUUUAUCAGAGGCACAGUCCCCAGCUGCUCCAAGAAGUAAUUACAGUCUGGCUAGCCUUGAACAAGACUUGAUUAAAAAGCUCCAUGGUAACAGAAAAGAUAUUCCUCUUAGCUCAAGUGCAGCGGUGUUAAGUGAAUGUUUCUCGCAGAGUUCAACUGAUGUAAGAUUACAAGAAGAUAGACCAUUGUGGACUCAGUCUUCUGAAAGUAUACAUAGUAGUUACUGUGAACCUACAGAUCAAAUUCUUCCUAAAGUAGAUGAAAUUAAAGGUCCGGAAGAGAUUACUGAGCCAGCUGAAUUUGAAACAAAAUCUGAAAAUGAAAGGAAAACAGGAGUUGUGCAAGAAAAGAUUGUCACAAAGAAACUUAGGUUUCAAGUUUCACGUGUUGAAAAUGAUCCUUUACAAGAGACUAGUUCUAGUAAUUUAGAAAAUCAAGGGAAUGAUCAAAUUGUCACUAGUGAGACAAAUGAACAAACAGACUUGAGCAAAUCUAAAAGUGAUACAGAAACAACGAAUGUAAGUAAUGACAAAACAGAAAACACUGUAAAUAAAUCUGCUAAGGUACUGGGAAGAUUCUCUGUAACAAAAGUGAUGGCUCAACCAGAUACAGAUUUAAAUGCAACAGACAGUGUUUCUGAAAAUAAAGACAUGGUAAAUGCUGCAGCAGAUAAAAAGAUGAGUGUUGAUGAGUUUGACGGGGCAUCUAAAGAUGAUAAGCUUACCAAGGCAAUAGGUCAUCAGACAGAUGAAAACGAGAUGUUGGAUGCUGCUGAAGAACAGUCUGAGCAGACUUCAGCUGACGUCAUUCAUAAUCAAGGUCUCUCUGUAAGUAGAUUGCAUGAUUUACCUUAUCGUAAGAAGAGCAUGUCCUUCUUUGAGGGCAAUGACUCACCAGUGUUGUCUAAUAACACUUGUGAUAGUUUUUACAACACCCACUUGGAUAGGUUCCAGAUCGUCAGUCGUCGUCGGACCAAAUCCCUUGGUUCUCUCCCAAUGAAAGGUCGCCUCUCAUUAAGCAGUCAAUCAAUAUCCAUGCAGACCCAGUGCACACAGUAUGGUGAUGGAGAGACUCCAUCACCCUCCCCCUCACCAGUAGAUGUUCAUCGUGACUUUCCCAAUGUAGUAUUUGAUCUGUUGUCUAGUAGAGAUGAUGGUGACUCAACUUGUAGUAGCUCUGAAAGCAGAGAUGGCAGAGAGUCUGGUAUCGACUCAGAACCCAGAGAGCAGCUUAUCCAUCGCCCACCAUUGCAGAGACAGCGUAGAAAGGACAGUGAUAGCCAGCAGCAGGAACUGUUGAAACUGUCACAGGAUACCGAGUACCAGCAAAUGCUAAUCAGACAAUCAAAGGAAAGAGAGAGUCUUCAGAAACGCCAUCAGUCUGAGCUGGAAGAUUUCCUUCAUGAGAAAGGCAUCAGCAUCCCCGCCUCACCACUUAUAACUACAGCAACGGGCAACCUGUCUACUGCUCCAAUACUGAGUCCUCUAAACAUGAGCAGUAUUCCUAACCCACCACCUCUGCCAGCAUCGCUGAUGUCUAUACAUAUGAGAGACAAUUUCCCAAUAUUCUCUAUGGCUCAAAGACGGCCAAACAAAGGUUCGGCUGGAUCAUUCAAUGAAGAACUAUUUAAAUGUGUAGAAAAUUUUACAGCACGUCACCAAGGAUCAUACGGAUCUCCCGCCGCUGCAUCUGAUAUAGCUAGUCGCAAAUCUGAGACGGCCUAUACCGAGACUGUAGACCACCGAAGCAGUAGUCCUAGAAUGUCGUACACUACUGUAGAGAGUGGUCAGGGUGGCGAGACUACUCAAGCAGAUGCUCAGCCUUCUAGCCAACCACCAACUACGCCCCUACUGCAAGAAAACAUGAUUUCAAAUGCACAGUUCUCGCUUCUUCCAAGCCAAGUGUACAAUCUGCAAUUCCCGGGAUCAAGUAUUUCGCCAUUUGUUACGAUGCCCUCUGGAUACGCCGGGGCUCAGUUUGUAGAAGCAGGUCUUCUACCAAUGUCAAACUCUUACACGCCAGUGGUACCAGUAGCAACAAUUGCUCAGUCCGGUUCCACAGAAUCUGUUUCCAAUACACCUGCAAAAAGCCAGUCUUGAGUGACUUACUUCAAAUGAACAUAGAAUUAUAUAUAGCACUACAAGUCUUUCAUACUAGGUUAACUAGUAAUUAAAAGUAUUCAGACAGUAGAUGUAGAUGCAAACAUAAUGCAAGAAAAAUAGAUUGAAGGAAUGAAAAGUGAAAGUUUGUGAUUGGUCAAAAUUUAAUGGAGUGAGUGAUCUGUAAAAAAAGAGAUUAGUUUUUUGUGGGAACUCUGUUUCAUUGAAGAGCAAUCACCCUUAGAUUAGCAAUAUAUACCUGGAGUAAUCCAAAGAAGAGGGGUUUAAUCCUGAAAUCAAGAGUAUGGUGAAUUGUGUCAAAUGCAAAGUGAACAGCGAUUUUAAUUUGUAUACUAUUCUUUGGUAUCAGGUUGAUCUGAGCUUGUUGAAAGCAUAAGUAAUUUGCUUUCUUGUUUGCAUUUUGAUUAUCAAGUGAAGGGAAUUGAAAGAUAUUUAAUGUACAUGUAUAAAUAUAUGUGGUUAAGUGCGAUGUGAUUAUUAUGGAUUCAUUAAAUACCUAUCUCUUAGUGCCAUUUCAGAAAAUUACCAUUGGUUUAGGAAACAUGCUGUUCAGAUAAAUAGGCUGAACCCCUUGAACGUUUAAUGUUCCAAAAAUAUGUAUGUCUUAAUGCUUCACCAGUGCUUGAAUCAGUCUUGUAAAUUUUGAUUAACCUUUAGCCUGCUGAGGGCAAGUGAUUCAGCUUUUGCGAUCAGUUCUGACCAAGAUCCAUGCAGGCUGAUCAUGAUCUGCACUGUUCACUUUUCAGUGAACACCCCAUUUUAGAAAUAUUGCAGGGUAAAGGUUAAAUAAUUGGUCAUCAUGUAAAGCUUUUUCCCAGCAGUAUCUACAAACCACACUUUCUAAGCAAUUUUUUUUUUUUUUUUUUGAAGUAGUAAGAUAAUUAUAUAAUAGCCUUUUUAGGCUCAAGUUAUUUGAAAGUUUGUUUAUGGCCACAGCAUAAUUCCUGCAAGCUUCUGUACUGUGUCGAGAAAAUUACUUCAUACAUUGUGUUAUAUUUCUUUCUUUUCUCUUUUUUACUGAGUCGAGAAAAUUACUUCAUACAUUGUGUUAUAUUUCUUUCUUUUCUCUUUUUUAGCUCACCUGUCACAAAGUGACAAGGUGAGCUUUUGUGAUUGCGCGGUGUCCAUCGUCCGUGCGUGCGUGCGUGCGUCCGUAAACUUUUGCUUGUGACCACUCUAGAGGUCACAUUUUUCAUUGGAUCUUUAUGAAAGUUGGUCAGAAUGUUCAUCUUGAUAAUAUUUAGGUCAAGUUCGAAACUGGGUCACAUGCCUUCAAAAACUAGGUCAGUAGUUCUAAAAAUAGAAAAACCUUGUGACCUCUCUAGAGGCUAUAUAUUUCAAAAGAUCUUCAUGAAAAUUGGUCAGAAUGUUCACCUUGAUGAUACCUAGGUCAAGUUCGAAACUGGGUCACUUGCCAUCAAAAACUAGGUCAGUAGGUCUAAAAAUAGAAAAACCUUGUGACCUCUCUAGAGGCCAAAUAUUUCACAAGAUCUUCAUGAAAAUUGGUCAGAACGUUCACCUUGAUGAUAUCUAGGCCAAGUUUGAAACUGGGUCAUGUGCCGACAAAAACUAGGUCAGUAGGUCAAAUAAUAGAAAAACCUUGUGACCUCUCUAAAGGCCAUAUUUUUCAUGGGAUCUGUAUGAAAGUUGGUCUGAAUGUUCCUCUUGAUGUUAUCUAGGUCAAGUUCGAAACUGGGUCACGUGAGGUCAAAAACUAGGUCAGUAGGUCUAAAAAUAGAAAAACCUUGUGACCUCUCUAGAGGCCAUAUAUUUCAUGAGAUCUUCAUAAAAAUUGGUCAGAAUGUUCACCUUGAUGAUAUCUAGGUCAAGUUCAAAAGUGGGUCAUAUGCCUUCAAAAACUAGGUCAGUAGGUCAAAUAAUAGAAAAAACCUUGUGACCUCUCUAGAGGCCAUAUUUUUCAUGGGAUCUGUAUGAAAGUUGGUCUGAAUGUUCAUCUUGAUGAUAUCUAGGUCAAGUUCGAAAGUGGAUCAUGUGCCAUCAAAAACUAGGUCAGUAGGUCAAAUAAUAGAAAAACCUUGUGACCUCUCUAAAGGCCAUAUUUUUCAUGGGAUCUGUAUGAAAAUUGGUCUGAAUGUUCAUCUUGUUGAUAUCUAGGUCAAGUUUGAAAUAGGGUCAUGUGCAGACAAAAAAUAGGUCAGCAGGUCUAAAAAUAGAAAAACCUUGUGACCUCUCUAGAGGCCAUACUUGUGAAUGGAUCUCCAUUAAAAUUGGUCAGAAUAUUCACCUUGAUGAUAUCUAGGUCAGGUUUGAAACUGGGUCACAUGCCUUAAAAAACUAGGUCAGUAGGUCAAAUAAUAAAAAACCUUGUGACCUCUCUAGAGGCCAUACUUUUCAUGGGAUCUGUAUGAAAGUUGGUCUGAAUGUUCAUGAUGAUAUCUAGGUCAAGUUUGAAACUGGGUCAUCUGCAGUCAAAAACUAGGUCAGUAGGUCUAAAAUUAUUAAAAUCUUUUGACCACUCUAGAGGCCAUAUUUUUCAAUGGAUCUUCAUGAAAAUUGAUCUGAAUGUUCACCUUGAUGAUAUCUAGGUCAGUUUCGAAACUGGUUCACGUGCGGUCAAAAACUAGGCCAGUAGGUAUAAAAAUAGAAAAACCUUGUGACCUCUCUAGAGGCCAUAUUUUUCAUGAGAUCUUCAUGAAAGUUAGUGAGAAUGUUCACCUUGAUGAUAUCUAGGUAAAGUUCAAAACAGGGUCACGUUUCUUCGAAAACUAGGUCAAUAGGUCAAAUAAUAGAAAAACCUUAUGGCCUUUGUAGAGACCAUAUUUUUCAAUGGAUCUUCAUGAAAAUUGGUCAGAAUUUUUAUCUUGAUAAUAUCUAGGUCAAGUUCAAAACUGGGUCACAUGAGCUUAAAAACUAGGUCACUAUGUCAAAUAAUGACGUCAUACUCAAAACUGGGUCAUGUUGGAAGAGGUGAGCGAUUCAGGACCAUCAUGGUCCUCUUGUUUUCAGGCCCCAAAGAGGUUAUUGUGUUAUAUUUCUAGGAAAAAGGAAUUUUUGAUUGGUGUGUUUCUUAAAAGAAGAUAUUUUGUCAAUAACUAUGUUUCAGACAAUGUUUAUUUGUAAAUUUGUAUUUCAACAAAAUAGAUAUUUUUGUAAUUUAAGGUUUGGUCUUAUGACAAUAGCAGACAACAACAGUUAUUAUCUAAACAUGUAAGUAAUCAGUAUGAAUUACAAUGAUACUCUGUAAAGUCAAAUAUUUGCUGUCAAAAUCUUUCAAAGUAAGUUUUUGACUGUAUUUGCAGUGUUAAAUAUUUGUAAAAGGGGUAUUUGCUAUGAAAUGGAAGUAAAUCUGUUAAGAGUUUUUGUGAUAGUUCCGACCUUUUUGCAAAAUUCUCUGGAUUUCCCGUAGUAAGAUGCAGAUUUGUUUAGAAUUACCAGAAUCAGAUAUAGAAAAAUUUAAAGGUGGUAAAUCUUAUUUUGGUAAAAUAAUGGACUUGUUUGAAACUUACUAACAUUUCAUCAUUUACAGUUAUUUAUGUUCACAGAGUGCCGUUAGAUUUUCACUGUAGGUAGUUUCAAAUUUGAUUUUUCUAUCCUGGUUGGGUACCAAGAUAAAGGUUUUUAGCAUAAGUAUAAAUUGCAUAAAGAUACAUUUAUUUAAGAAUAAUGUAAACGUAAGAACAGUUGUAUUACAUUUGUCAAAGAGUUGCAUUUGACAUUUACAAGUUCGUAAAACUAUAGUUACCUCCCUUUUGCUAGUCAUGGUUGUGCAAACCAUGAUAGGUAGGAAGCAAAUAAAUUCCAAAGCUAUACAUUUUUUCAGACUUUGCUCAAAUUGUUGGAAUAGAAUGUAAAACAAAAAAUUAUUUAUACAAAUGUAUAAUCAAAGGAAAUAUUCAGCUUUUAAAUACUUUCAUGUUAAAGGGGAUGAUAACAAAAAUUUGAUACAAGACAAGAAGACACAUUUCUAAUCGGGAUCU